CCGAUUCAGUACGYCAUAACUCGUCCGGCUGUUCAAGUUGUUCGUUCUUGCGCGCGCAAACGAAAACGCACACACGUYGAAUCUGCUCACCCGCGCUCACGUAACGUCGUUCGGCCGUCGGUUUUUUAAAUUUUUUUCGUUAGUUUGUUUCGGAGUUUUGCCAUCAACAAGAAAGUGUAAAAAAAAAAUUAUAAGACGUCGCAUCGCCAACGAUUCGUGGGACGAAAAUUYGCGAGUGCGCUACAUGUUUGCUCUCGAUAGUGGUUGGAUAGACGAAAGAUAGUUAAUUGAAUUUAUUCAAUCRAAUUCCAUCGUGACUUCGUUGUCACCGUGCCGUUUAGGAAAAUAAUAAUAAUACUGUGGUAAGAACUUUUGUCUCAUAGUUUUAGCCGCAGUCGGAAACAUAAUAUUAUACCCGAUACCGUUCCCGCGGUUUUCCGUCACAUAUCGGGUCGUUUUCGAUUUCRUUUCACGGGGUUUUCCUUUUUGAUUUUUUUCUCACCGUUUUCGCGUAAGACAUGUCGUUGACAUGACCGCGUUCCCACAAGAUUUUCGCCAUCAACAAUGUCUUCUUCGUCUGGUGUCGCCGAUCCCGAGCCGGACACUAUGAUACAGGACAACAUCGCCGCGGCGUACGCGCCGUCCGGUUACUCGAUAACUGAAGACUUUAAGUUACAAACCCAUGGUCUGGACUCACCGCAUCAUCAGGGCUUGUACGGAGGCCUUGGUCACUCACCCACUUCCGGUUCACCUUGCUCUGUGUACGCUUACCAGCCGUACCACCGAAACUACGUCGCCGGCCAGUUCCAUCAGUCGACGGCCGUCGAAAUCCAACAGCAGCAACAGCAGCAGAUACCAGUAACCCAAAUGGUGGUACCACCUUCGCUGUCAGCGCAAAAGUCUCCGGACGAUGCGGCUUGUUGGCUGCAGCAUAAUGGAGGUGGAUCGGCUUUCGAACACCACCUGCACCACCAACAGCAGCUGUCAUCGGCGUACCAAUCUCAUCAUCAGCAGCGGCAGCAGGAUACCAACGGUAUGACUGGAAGCAGCCAACAGCAGCAGCAGCAACAACAACAGACGUCUAAGAUGACGCAGCAACAGCAACAGAAGGCGGUCAAAGAGCAACGGAUCCGGAGACCCAUGAACGCGUUCAUGGUAUGGGCAAAGGUGGAGCGGAAAAAGUUAGCUGACGAAAAUCCUGACUUGCAUAACGCUGAUCUCAGCAAGAUGCUCGGGAAAAAAUGGCGAAGUCUGACGCCACAGGACCGUCGGCCAUACGUGGAGGAAGCUGAACGGUUGAGAGUGAUCCACAUGCAAGAACACCCCAACUACAAGUACAGGCCCCGACGCAGGAAGCACAACAAGCAGCGGGCGGGCUCGCCGACUUCCGUGGUCGGUGUGUCAGCGGCGGUGGCGCAGGGUGGCUCCGGACACUCGCCCACGUCCCGGCGCCCCAACUCAGCGGGCCAAGUCAAAUUGGUCCAAUACCCGUCCAGCUCGCCGUACCAGAGCUCGUCGUCGUACUCGUCACCGGCCAUCCACCAGCAGCAGCCGUACGCGUACCAGCCGUACAGCCCAUCCAAGACGACGUCGCCGUACUACCCAAACAGCGAGAGCCCGUAUUCGCCUGUCCGCGUGUCCGAGGUCAUCACUCCCGAGUCUUCGCCCACGUGCAGCCCCGACCCGGAUAAACCCACCUGCCCGGCCGCGGCCAUCGACGAGACGGGCAGCGGCGGCGGACAGGCCCCAGACGGUGGACUGCUGCAGCAGCGAUCGGCCAGCAAGACGCCCACGCUUCCCACGCCCGAGCUGUCGCCCAUGGAACCGGCCACGGGCGCAGGCAAAGACCCGCACCACCACUCGCUUCACCAUCAACACCACGGCCACCAACACUUGCACCACCCGUAUCAUCGGACCGACGUCGUCAAGUACGAAAUCGACGACUUUGGCGGCUAUUACGGKGGCGGUGGUGGACARAAACAGCUGAACAWCAAUAACAAUCACCACCGGCAAUUCAACAACAACAUUCAGACGUCGUCUUAUCAACCGGCUCCCGGUUCAAUAGCAGCCAUGGGUGUGGCCAAGGGCAUGGUGAUGAUGUGCACCAAUCAGCGAUUGGCGUACGAGCACAACAACAUCGUGACCGGUACGUUUUACCCUCCGAUAGCCACAUCUCAAGAUCAGCAGGUUCUAGGACCCAACUCACAACACCACCAACAACAGCAACAACAACAACAACAACAACAACAACAACAACAGCAGCAGCAGCAGCCGCAUUACGCCAACAGGCCGUUCUAUUCGACAAGCGGACUUCACGUCGCUGGCACUGCCGUUUAUACGAGUGGCCUUUCGUCGGCCGCGACCAUCACGGCCGGCAGAUCUCCAUCUGAUGGAUACCACGCCGCCGGAAGUAUAUUGCAGCAGCAGCAGCAGCAGCAGCAGCAAGAAGACCACCACCACAACUUGCAAGGCUUACAACAGCACAGACAACAGUCGACGGGCAACGACUUCCACGGAGGCGGUGGUGGCACGGGACGAGGCGGUGGUGGUGAAAUCAUCGAUAUGAACUUCGACCAUCACCAAUCGCCAUCAGAAAUGUUGUUGGCCAACCUUCAGCGGCCCAGAUCUCAGCAGUCCGACAUCGCGGUUGACGCGUCGUCGUCUGCCGGAGCCAGCUCCGAACUCGAUCGGUACUUAAAGUACAUGGCCCAACAGCCAGACAACAAUCACAACUAUCAGCAACAGCAGCAACAACACAACAUUAUGUUUGCCGGCAUACAACAAUCGCAGCACCAACAGCAACAGCAACAACAACAACAACAACAACAACAACAACAACACCAUCACCAUCUCCAGCAGCAGCAACAGCAACAACAGUACAACUCUUACUACGCGCCGGCAGUGGUGCAACACGUCGUGCACCAGGACGUGCACCAUCACCACCAACAGCACCACGGUGCGUCUUAUCUGCUCAACAACUGUGGUAUAAAAAGCGAGUUUGGCGGUUACGCGACCCUGGACGGUCUACCGCCCCAACACUAUCCUGACGUGCAGAACGUCCCGGCCACGGCCAAUAUGCAGAGCGUGGCCGCAGCCGCAGCCGCCGCGCACCCUAGAGGAGUAUUAAAAUAG